AUGUCGCUCUUACAUGCUCUUCACCAUGACAUCAAGCACGUCGCAUCGUCUACUGUACCCCACGAGCUUAACCCGACCCCUGCAACCCCAGCCGAACAUGUUCCAGCCACGCAGGUUUCUGUAGAAGACAACUCCACUCCCAGAGAUGGGCAACCUGUCUUUGAACGGGCGGUGCCCAGUCGGACGACCAAAUCGCGUCGAGUGGUCAUUACUGCAUUGCUUGUUCUGGCUAAUCUUGUACAGAUGACAGUCAAUUUUGCAGGCAUUGCUGGAGGAAGCGCCUUGAGUGAGUCAUUAGGUGUGAAAGACACCUACGCCUCGUGGAUUGCUGCUAGCUAUGCUCUAACCCAAGGUACCUUUGUGUUGGUUAGUGGUCGAUUGGGAGAUGUUUAUGGCCACCGAGAACUCGUUCUAGCUGGGGGUGUCUGGCUCACCAUCUGUACUCUAGCCAAUGCCUUUUGUAACAACUUCUUCGCCUUUGUCACGAUGCGGGCUCUAGCUGGUCUUGGAGGAGCAUUGAUCAUGCCUAACGCAGUGGCUAUGAUAUCCAGCACCAACCCCCCGGUCGCGUGCGAAAUCUCAGUCUGGGUCUCUUUGGUGCGUCCGCACCAUGCCUGCCUUGGUGUUAUUACAUUCACUCCUCUCUGGGCUCUGAGUCCGCGAGAACCACCGGUCGAUCGACAUGGAAAGAUCGACUGUAUUGGAUCUGCUCUUGGAACAAGCUCGUUGAUCCUGUUCAACUUUGUUUGGAAUCAAGCACCGAGUGUCGGUUGGUCAACCCCCUAUGAGAUAGUUCUCCUGAUCAGCUCAAUCAUAUUAUUCGGGGGCUUUUUGCUUUGGGAAAGGAACUACGCCGCGGAGCCGAUCAUGCCACUCGACAUCUUCAAAGCUCCAUCCUUCCUCAUGCUACUUUUAGUCGUGCUUCUCAAUUAUAUGGCCGUAGGAACCUUGAUCUGGUACCAGGUACUAUGGCUCCAAAAGGUCUGGCACUGGUCUCCCCUGCAAUUUGCCGUGGGCUGGACCCCAUUCGUGAUCUGCGCCACGGGCGCGGCCUGUCUCGCAGCAUGGAUGAUUCCGCGAAUGGCAGCACAAUGGAUCCUGGCCAUUGGAACCGUCACAAUCUUAAUUUCCAAUGUGCUCAUGGCGACCGUGCCAAUUCACCAAUCAUACUGGCCCCAGAUUUUCCCUUCCGUGGUUCUCUUCUCAUUCUGCCCGGAUUUCGUGUACACGGCUGGCCAGAUCAUUGCCAGUAACUCCGUCCGUCGAAAUCAGCAGGGGAUUGCCGCGUCCGUUAUUGGCACAUUGAAUCUAUACGGGAACAGUCUCGGACUGGGGUUUGCAUCCACCAUUGAGGUGCAAAUUGCCCGCCGCUCGGGUAGCCAAAUCAUGGGGUAUCGAGCGGCACUUUUGUUCGGUGUUGCCAUCAGUGCUGUAGCACUUAUACUUGACGUCUGCUUUGUCCGACUGGUCAAGGAUGAUCGAGAGGGAUGGCAUGAGGAUGACGGCAUGGAGGAAAUUGAGCUGACGGAGCAGGCCGAAGCCACUGGUGUCCAUCUACCACAUGUAAACCACUAG